AUGAUGAACCACAUGGAUGCAUCAAGCUUGGCAGGAAGAACGCCAAAAUUUGUGGUUGAGGUCUUGUAUAAUUUCUUUCCGUCCGAUAAGCAACACUUAACCCUUACUCAAUAUGAAAAGGUAAAAGUAAUUGAAACUCACGAAAGUAAUUGGUGGAUCGGAGAGAGAGCAAAUGGAGAAGUAGGAUUGUUUCCUGCAAAUUAUGUGAGAAGAGUGCAAGACAUCACGGAAGAAAGUCCAAGACAUAAGGAAAAAACGUUUCAAAAACCUGUCUCUUACGAUCCGAACAAGAACAAAAAAACGAAAGAAGAACAAUUACAGAAGAGAAAACAACUUGCCAGUCAAUUAGGUUUGGGUGGCUUGGAUCUUGACGACUUGUUGUCAGAAGAUGAAGACGAUGUCUUGUCAUCGGAAGAUGAACAAGAAAAACCACCACAACCCACUACUCUUACAAAACAAUCAUCCACGGCAUCGUUAAAGUCACAACCUUCUCUUCCUUCUCAACAAGUCACUACUACAAUCAAUCCACAAAACGCAGCUGGAAAAUUUGUCACCGAAGAAGCAUAUGAAAAGAAAAAGAAGGAAUUGCAAGAAGCUCUUCAAAAACAAUUGGAAGACCAAAAAACAAAAACCAGACAGGCAGAAGAAAUUCAAAAACUGAAGGAAGAGCUGCAAAAAGCAAAAGCUGAAGUAGAUGAGGCGAGAAAAGUGACAACCCCAAGAACUACCCCACGAGGUGGUGCAACAACCACUACAGCCAGUCAAUCAGUUGUUGAUCUUGACAAGAAACAAAAAGAGCUUGAGAGGGAUUUUGAAAAGAAGAAAAAAGACCUGGAGAAGGAAUUCGAAAAGAAACAGCGAGAAGCAGACCAAGAACUAGAAAAAAAGAAACGUGAAAUGGAGAAGGAGAUUGAUAAACAGGCAGAGAAAAAGCAAAAAGAUUUUAUUAAGGAAGCGGAGAAACAAAAUUCAGCAAGCUCAGAAAUGCAAAAGACAAUUGAAAAGUUGAAGCAAAAGAACACACAGCUCGAAGAGAAGGUUGUCACUUUGGAUAAGAGCAUUGUAGAUAUGAAACAAAAGCACACAAAAGAAUUGAAAGAGGCUGCAGAUAAAUUGAAGGAACAAAAAGAGGGCUCGUUAAAACAUGCCCAAUUGAAGAUAGUGCGUAUGAAAAAACAAAUCCAAGCAGUGAAACUGGAGAAUGAAUAUCUCAAGGUUGAAACGCAAGAAAUGCAAAAAGAAUUUCUUGCAUCUCUCCACAAAAUAUCCUCAACAGGUCUCAAGAAGCUCAUGGAUGGUUACAAGGAUUUAGAAGAGAAAUACAAGAAGGAACUCAAGGAAAGAAGAUUGCUUUACAACCAGCUUCAAGAUCUAAAAGGCAAUAUAAGAGUGAAUUUGAGAGUGAGACCGUUACUUCCCGAAGAUGGACAAACUGAAAAUUGUAUUGAAUGUGUUGACGAUAAGGAAGUGAAAGUUUAUGACAAGGAAGCCAAAAAGUCUUACAAAUUUGAGUUUGAUAGUGUAUUUGGAAUUGAUUCAACACAGGCUCAAGUGUUUGAAGAUGUUAAACCUUUGGCAACUUCGAUUUUGGAUGGAUAUAAUGUUUGUAUUUUCGCAUAUGGGCAAACUGGUUCAGGCAAGACAUUUACAAUGGAGGGGCCUCCAAAUAAUAGAGGAGUCAAUUACAAUACUCUGGAUGAAGUGUUCUUCAUGAUCAAAGAACGAAAAGGAGAAUACAGUUAUGAAGUCGAAGUGGCUGUCAUGGAAAUUUACAAUGAAAACCUUCAUGAUCUGCUGACCAAAGACAAGACCAAGCUAGAAAUCAUGCUCAGCAACAAGGUGUCGGUACCAGGCUUGACUCGCAUAAAAGUUAAUUCUUCGGACGAUGUCAGAAAAGUUCUCUCUCAAGGAUAUGAAAAUAGAGCCACUGGAAGUAACAACAUCAAUGCUCACAGUUCUAGAUCUCAUUGCAUUGUAAGCGUGUUUGUAGAAGGAGUGAAUCUUUAUACCCAGCAAAAACUAUCAGGAAAACUCCACUUGAUUGACUUGGCUGGAAGUGAAAGGUUGAAGAGAACGGAUGUUAAGGGUGAUCGAUUGAAGGAGGCUCAAAGCAUCAAUAAGAGUUUAAGCGCUUUGGGUGACGUCAUUUCUGCUCUUUCAUCAAAGAAGGGUCACAUUCCUUACAGAAAUUCUAAACUAACAUCCCUUCUUCAAGAUUCCUUGGGUGGCAAUUCAAAGAUGCUCAUGUUUGUGAAUGUGAGUCCAACCGUUGAAAGCUGCCCAGAAACGUUGUGCUCUCUUGGCUUUGCACAACGAGCGAGAACCGUCGAAUUAGGCAAGGCUCAAAAGAAUAUUGUUUCACAAGGCACGGCAUCCACAUCUGGAAGUAACAGCAACAAUUAG